AUGACUUGCCUUGCCUUUCUUUUACACCUGCUUCUCGCUCUUGGAGUGACCACCGCCUUUCCUCAACAGCCACGAGAUUGGGCUAACGGCGCUCAAAACGUGGCCUACUGGGGCCAGGAUGGCCACGUCCGGGAUCUAAUCAACUACUGCAACACAUCCUCUGGAAUCGACAUUAUUAUCUUGUCUUUCCUGUAUCGAUUUGGCAAUGGCAACACCAUUCCCUCCGGCGAACUCGGCUCGCACGGAAUCAAGGUCAUCGUCUCCCUUGGUGGCUCCAUUGGCGCCUACUCCCUUUCAUCGCAAGCCGAAGCCGAAGCCAUUGGUCAGCACUUGUGGGAGGCAUACGGUAACACUCGCGGAAGCGUGCCGCGACCAUUCGGCGCAACCUUCGUGAACGGAUGGGAUUUCGACGUGGAAGCCACAGGUAUUUCAUUACCGGGGGCCCCGCAGUGCCCCAUCCCGGAACCGUAUAUGGAAACCAUUAUCCAAAAUUCGGAGUUUGAUUAUCUCUGGGUCCAACACUACAACAAUCCGUAUUGCUCCAAUGACGGAAACAUCAACUUCGAUGCUUGGGUAGCCAAUAUCGCUGGCACUCGGUCCGCAAAUGCGAAAAUCUUCAUUGGCGUUCCAGCUUCACCACUCGCCUCCACUGGUACCGCGUCUGGCGCCCAAUACUACAUGGAACCUCACACCCUGGCUUCAGUUGUCGGCCAACACAAAGAUAAUCACGCGUUCGGCGGGUUGAUGACCUGGUCGGCUGGAUGGUCCGACACCAAUGUCAACAAUGGGUGUACCUACGCCCAAGAGAUGAAGCGCAUCUUGACGACUGGCUCACCUUGUUGA